AUGCCUUUCCUGUACCUGAAAUCGGGCGGGAAAACCCGGCGCAAAUCCGGGGCCUACCCUGGGUACAAGACCUACCAGGCUGCAGCACAGGACUUGGAAGACGAACUUUUAGAGCUCUACAGCUCCCCCUGGCUACCUGACAGGCCUCCACAGAACACAGACAUCAUGGGGUGCAGGACCCAGAAACCUCAGGCUGGCCCCAGCAAGGACUCCCACAAUAUAGGGGCGAUGCUACAGCGCCCGAUGACACCCAAGAUGGCGGCCCAGCCAGACACUGGCGUGCACAAAGCAAAACCGCCAGCCGCCCUAAACGCAACCGGGGACGCCAAUGUUCCCACGACUUUCCUGGAGGCACUGACUGAACAGGACCCUCACGCUCAAGACAUCGCCAACCUCCUAAGGGAGCUGCGCAGUGAUGUGAAGGCGAUGGAGGCCCGCACGCAAGUCACAGAGAACACUGUUACGGAGCUCCAAUGGGAGGUACGUGAAAUGAGGGACCAAAUGCACAGCCUACAGCACUCCCAUACUUCCCUGACACAGCGGGUAUCACUGAGGACCGCAACAGACUACCCAAUAUCAAAGUCCGAGGUGUUCCGGAUACAAUAA